GCGGGAGGCGGGGCCGUGACGUCACCGGCAGGCGCGGGGCAGCCGGGCGCCGCAGUGCGGGCAGGAGGCGGCGGCGGCGGCGGCGGCGGCUGGGCCUGCGCGUACCUGUGCGGCCGCGCGAUGGUGCGCUUCGGGCUGACCGUCGUCCGGCACGGAGAAACAAGAUACAACAAAGACAAGAUACUGCAAGGUCAAGGAGUGGAUGAGCCGCUUUCUGCAACUGGUUUCAGACAAGCAGAUGCUGCUGGUUUAUUUCUCAGUAAUGUGAAGUUUACUCAUGUCUUUUCAAGUGACCUCCUUCGAGCAAAGCAGACUGCUGCCACAAUUCUAGGAAAAAAUAAGUUUUGCAAAGAUUUGGAAAUCAAGUAUGAUGCAAGACUUCGAGAGAGAAAAUACGGUGUUGCAGAAGGAAGGCCUUUGACUGACCUCAAGGCUAUGGCAAAGGCUGCCGGAGAGCAGUGUCCUUCAUUCACACCUUCUGGAGGAGAAACACUGGAUGAAGUAAGAGAACGUGCAAGGGAUUUUUUUGAAUUUCUGUGUCAGCUAGCUGUUGAAUUGGAACAGAAGGAGCAAGAUGUGCAUGGUGCAGCAAGCAGAAGCUCAGGCGCAUCUGAAGAACAGUUAGUUUUCCCAUGGACAAACCACUGCAGUGAAGCAGAACUUAGCUCUGGUAACAGUGGAGCUUCUAAAAUGUUAGAUGCCAAUAUAUUAGUGGUGAGUCAUGGAGCCUACAUGAGGAACUGGAUUGGUUAUUUUGUUUCAGAUCUAAACUGUACUUUACCAACAAAUUUAACAAAGUCUCAGUUGUCUUCUGUCAGUCCCAAUACAGGAGUUAGUCACUUCAUUAUAAAACUUGAAAACGGAAAUUUGUUAAAACCUGAAAUAACAUGUGUUUGUCUUAAUCAAGACUCUCACUUAGUGGAUGUGGGAGCUGAAUGUGUAGCUCCAAAAGUGUUUUAAGUGUCUCUGUAGGGGAAGUGGGUUUAGAUCACCGUAAUACUAAGCGUGGGAAAGGUAUGUGUAGUCAUUACUGAGAUUGACUGGAGUUAUUGACACUAAACUGGAAAAUCGAAGACAUACAACUGCUUACCAUCUUAAAAUAACACAAUUUGCAUGGUCAUAGUGCCCGACAUAAGUUGGCACUAGAGAAAUAACACAAAUGUUCUUUUUGAACAGAGCCAUACUUCAGUCACUUGCAUAUCUGCUCCUAGAGCGCAUAUUUUUAAAAACUUCUUUUGAUUAGUCGGUAAUUAUUUUGGUUAUCUCCAGAUAGAGGAGCUGGGGAGGGGAGAGGAAUGGUACCUCAAGGAUGACCUAUACUGUAUUCUUGUUUUAUUACAAAAUGCUAUAUUGUAAUAUUAAACAUACAUGCUGUCUUAAAAUAACUUUUUUUAAUGCAGUAGUAUAACCUAAAAAGGAGCAUUGCCUAGUGGAAAAGGUUUGGUACAGUCAGGGGACGUGUUCCUGGCUUUGAUACUAAAUAGCUGUGAGACUCUUUUCCAUUUGUAAAACAGGGACAAUGAUAUACCUACCUCGCAGGAGUGUUUUGUAAGAAAUUGUUAGUGUUGUUGAGGCUUCUGUUGAAGAGCACUGUACACAAACAUAUAGUAUUUAUUUUUAACUGUAAGCAGGACGAGGAACCUCAUGUGCGCAUUGUUGAAAUAACGGUCUCUCUUCUGAAAAGGAACCUUCUCAACAGGGUGAGUUGCACCCGACUAGAAUCCUGUUGCCAGUUGCAGCCAUAUACUUGGUGGAUGAAUAUUUUUGCCUAGAAUUAGGCAAGUUUGAUUGCUUGAUGGUUGCUUAUAGUUGCUGUUAGUACUGUAUUCUUUCCCCGCUGGGGUGUUUGUAGUGUUACUGUGUAAGCUUAUCUGACUUAUGUUAUUUAUAACAUCCACAUACUUUUUCUUCAUUUGCAUAUUUUAAGCCUGUUUAAAAAAAAUUAAAAUUAAAGGGUCCUGAAUAGAACUCCA